GAAAGGCGGCCGUAUGCCAGCAUGGAAGGGGAGAGAAGCGCUGUUGGUUUUGGAGCUGCACCUGCUGUCCCUCCUGAAACGGCCAUGGGGCAGUUGCUGGGAGACGAAUGUUAUGCUGACUUUUUAAGGGAAGACUUUGAUGUGAAAACAUAUACCUCACAAUCUAUUCAUCAAGCAGUUAUUGCUGAACAGUUGGCAAAACUUGCUCAAGGGAUCAGUCAGCUGGAUAAGGAGCUUCACUUGCAAGUUGUUGCAAGGCAUGAGGAUUUGCUGGCCCAAGCGACUGGCAUAGAAUCUUUGGAAGGUGUACUUCAAAUGAUGCAGACGAGAAUAAGUGCCCUCCAAAGCACAGUUGACCGGAUCAGAGCCAAAAUUAUUGAUCCCUACAAUAAAAUAGUGUCUCGUACUGCACAGUUAGCGAGGCUUCAGGCUGCCUGUGACUUGCUGCGUAGAAUAAUACGCAUCUUAUACCUCAGCAAGAGACUUCAAGGGCAGCUGCAGGGAGGAAGUCGGGAGAUAACAAAAGCUGCUCAGAGUCUCAAUGAGCUUGAUUAUCUUUCUCAAGGAAUUGAUCUCUCUGGAAUAGAAGUUAUCGAAAAUGACCUGCUUUUUAUUGCAAGAGCUCGACUUGAGGUGGAAAAUCAAGCUAAACGUUUGCUGGAGCAAGGAAUUGAGACUCAGAAUCCUACUCAAGUUGGAACUUCUCUUCAAGUUUUCUAUAAUUUGGGGACCUUAAAAGAGACAAUUACGAAUGUUGUGGAUGGAUAUUGUGCAUCCUUGGAAGAGGACAUCAACAACACCUUGGAUAUUAAAGUUUUGACUCAGCCUUCACAAGCAGUGGUUCGAGGUGGCCCUGGGCGAGCAGCUAUGCCAACACCUGGAAACACAGCAGCCUUUAGAGCGGCUCUUUGGACAAACAUGGAAAAAUUGAUGGAUCAGAUCUGUGCAGCUUGUGGGCAGGUGCAGCACCUGCAGAAAGUAUUGUCGAAGAAAAGAGAUCCUGUUACACACGUGUGUUUCAUUGAUGAGCUAGCAAAGGAUGGCCAGACAGACAUUUUGUAUACGUUUUGGACAGCGGUAACUCGAACUCUUGCCUCCCAGUUUCAGAUGGCAACAGACUCUUCCACGUUUCUGAAACAAGCUUUUGAAGGUGAAUAUCCUAAAUUACUGAGGCUCUAUAAUGAUUUGUGGAAGCGCCUUCAACAAUACAGUGAAAAUAUUCAAAGAAAUUUGAAUACAAAUGGAACUACGGAACACUUUGUUGAACUUCAGCAAAUGGAAGAUGAUACACAUGACCUAUUCAUGCAAAAGAAGCAAGAUUAUGAUCCAGAAAUAGCCUUGAAAGACUCUCUGCAACCUUAUGAAGCUGCCUACUUGUCGAAGUCAUUAUCUCGACUCUUCGACCCCAUCAACCUCGUCUUUCCUCCUGGGGGUCGCAAUCCUCCUUCGACUGAUGAACUUGACAGCAUCAUCAAAACCAUUGCAAGUGAGCUAAAUGUGGCUGCUGUGGAUCCAGACCUCAGCCUGGCAGUAUCUAAAAAUGUGGCAAAGACUAUACAACUGUAUGGUGUAAAGUCUGAGCAGCUUCUCUCUACACAAGGAGAUGCCAGUCAAGUGAUUGGACCAUUAACUGAGGGACAAAGACGAAAUGUUGCAGUAGUUAAUUCACUGUACAGGCUACACCAGUCUGUUCUAAAAGUAGUCUCCAACCAGAGUGCAUUUCCAGCAGCUUCUGAGCAAACUAUUAGCACAGCCUUGAAGACAGUCCAUGAUUUGAUGGGCAAUGCUGUGCAACCUUUACUGAACUCAGUUGGAGACUCGAUAGAAGCUAUAAUCAUCACCAUGCAUCAGGAAGACUUUUCUGGAUCACUGCCUACUUCAGGAAAGCCUGAUGUUCCUUGUUCGCUUUACAUGAAAGAGCUGCAGGGCUUUAUAGCUCGAGUAAUGAACGACUACUUCCGACACUUUGAAUGCUACGACUUUGUUUAUGAGAGCACGGAAGCAAUUGCACAGAGAGCUAUUGAACUUUUCAUUCGCAACUCCAGCCUGUUACGGUCUCUGGGUGAAGGAGGAAAGAUGCGGCUUGCAGCUGACUUUGCACAGAUGGAGUUAGCAGUGGCUCCCCUCUGCAGACGAGUUUCUGACCUGGGAAAACCUUACAGGCUCUUGAGAUCAUUCAGACCACUGCUGUUCCAGACAAGUGAGCUUAUUGCGAAUAGCCCAGCUCUGGGAGAUAUUAUUCCGUUCAGUACUAUCCUUCAGUUCUUAUUUACAAGAGCGCCACCUGAACUGAAAUCCCCUUUCCAGAGAGCCGAAUGGACCAUUGCCCGAUAUUCCCGAUGGCUUGAUGACCAUCCCUCUGAGAAGGACAGGCUCAUUUUAAUCAGAGGUGCCCUGGAAGCAUAUGUGCAAUCAGUAAGAAGUAGAGAAGGAAAGGAAUUUGCUCCCGUCUAUCCCAUAAUGGUGCAGCUGCUGCAGAAAGCCAUGUCUGUGCUUCAAUAGAAAUGUCUCUUGAAGGCAUGAAGACUCAUCAGCAAGGGUAGGGGACUGCUUUAGAAUCUAAGCUGCAUCUUUCCUUCUGUUGCAAAAACCUGUUGCUGUUUAAUUUAACUGAAAUGUGUAUAGCUUCCUACAGCUGUCUUACAACAGAAUUUGUUUACAAUGUGCUUUCUUUUUAUUAGAUAAAUUUCAGAUAAAAUAUCUUUAUGAACAAUUUUCUGGAAUUACCCAUUGAAUUUAGAAACCAAGGAACACCAACUUCACUGAGAAGCUUCCCUUUCUUGCAUUUGAUAAAAGUGGGAAUGCAGAAAUAGGAUGUUCACUUAAGCUGGUCCUGAAACAAACAAACAGAAGCUGUUCGUCUGCAAUAACAUGCAUUUGCUUCCUACCAAAAAUGUUCAAUUUUUAUAGUACAGGUUCUUUUGUGUUUUAAUUCUGAGCAAAGCUGUCCAGCUCUAAAUAGAAAUAAUCCACUUUAAUUAAAAGAAAUGUUUGAUCCUUGUUUUUCAUGUGUCAUUUUGCAUUACAUAACAUUUAGUCACACCUCUGGGAGUGAGUAGGUAUCAAUUUUAUACCAUUCAUAAAAUAUACAAUAAUAUGUUUUACAAAUUUAUUUGAAAUAAUACAUGAAUAUAAUGUGCAAAAUCAUAGGAGCAACAUCAUGUAGACAUAGACCUGACAUGUGCUGAAUUAAUAGUUGUGAUCCUUACACAGAAACAUGCUCUAUUUAGUAAUAGUAAAUCUAUGCUGUAAAUGUUCACAGCAAAAGUAGCCAAAAAAUCUAACAUAUCUGCUCUAUUUUUAGACAGUUGGGGAGGGGUGGCGGGAAUAAAGUGCAAAUAUUGCACCUCUAGUAAGUGCAAAGUUUGUCCCCAUCAAAAAAAAAAGAUGUAUUUUGAUAAAAUAAAAAUCUUAAAAAAUAUGCAGCAUAGGAGACAAAAAAACCUUUAAAAAUAAAAUGGUGUCAUUACAACAGCACCAUUCUUUUGGGAUAAUGCAAUGCUAUCAAUGAAUUUAAUCCUGGGCCAUUUAACUGCAGCCCUGGCAGUUCUGUGAGCCUUUCAUGUCCAACAGGAAACAGCUCCAGCUACAAAUGUAAAUUGUACAUGCAGUGCCUCCCCAAACAGACAAAAAUCAUGCUACAUAUAGGAUAUAUUCUGCUAUCUGCUUUGCCACACAUUCUGGUAACUUUUUGGCACUGGGCAGACUAGAAGGUCAUAUGUUAUGUCAGAAAAUCCCAGCUCCCAGAUUUGUAGUUAAUUACAUAGUUUGUGCAAUACAUAUUAAUCAGUAAUAACAAUCAAUGUAUAAACAGGUGUUACAUAUUUCAAAAUUCCCCUUUUUGUGCAUUUUUUUUGAAAAAUAAACAUUUAUACAAAGCUCCUCUUCUUCCUACUGUUCUUUAGCACCACAGGAUAUCCAUUUUUCAAGCCUAUUACACCUGAUAGACAUAUGUAGUUUGGAAGAAAAAAUAAGGCAAUUUGGUUUAAAAUGUUGAUAGUUGUAUCUUGCUUAAUCCUCUACUAUAAUAAGCAAAUCCUCAUUCCUAAUGACCCAGUGCAGCCCCAGAUUUUAUGGUCAAACCUUCACAACAAAUGAUGAAACCUUGAUCUUCUUCCACCAGGCAUACAUAGAAGAAUUCUGAUUAAUGUUAUUGUGAACCCUGUAAGCAAAAAACAAAGAUACUUACUUAGAAAGCAGCAGAGUUCAAAAACGAUGGCUACUGAUAUGAUAGGUCCGACCCAUACAUGCAAAUAGCAAUUCUGCUCAUUCUUCUCUCUGUAACUGGUCUUCAAAAUCCUAACUCAAGCUAUGGAAGGCAUUCUCCUAUACCACAGGAAAGAAGUGCUCUUAUUCACAUCUGUAAGGAGGUUUCAAGGCCUGUUCUGCAAAUAUUAACUGUAAUGCUGUUUGUAGGUCUAUCGACUUAAUGUUAUAGUUGCAAAUCUGGUGGAAUCUGUCCUGACUUCAACUUGUACAGGGCUCCAUCUACUGUUGAGAAAAGUUUCUCAUGCCGGUUCUAGCUUCUAACAACAUGAAGGUUCAGGGAUUAAGAGGCAGUUAACAUUCAAGACUUAUCAAUGCAGUUGCAGCUCAGCAAAACUCACUGGCUCCUGAGGCUUGUGUCAGUAUCAAACACUGGCUUGUAGGUAGGUUUCUAAAAUGGGAGAGGGAGAUCUGUCUAACCUGAUGAAAGACACAUGGACAUUGUGAGCAAGAAAAUUCUUCAGCGUAAAGAGUGUUUCAGUAGUCUCUUGCUCUUGUGUUAUGUCACAGGUAUAACUGGGGAACAGAGCCUAAAACAGCUGUUCCCAGAGGCAGAGUGUUGUUUUGUUUUUAGCUCCUCCCCUUGUCUUUUGUGUGCAUCAUGACAUUAGCAAACAAUGGGAUGGAUCCAGAGAUCUGUCAGCAGAUGGUGAUAACAAUCACAGAUCCUCCCCAUUGCUCCCAAACAGUUCCUUCUGAUCUAGAGAUGUAAAAUAUUUGAGCAUACUAAAGCCACAGGAAAAAAUUAGUCUCUCCCCCCGCUCCACUACCACACUCUGGUUUUUCCACCCGUGGGGGGGUGGGGUUGUUGGGGUUUUUUUGUUUUGAAAUAUUUGCAAUACUUAUUUUCCGAACCUUAACUUCUUUUACUGAUGUAACAACAUAAGAUGCAUCAUUUAUAAUGUAUAAAAUUGUACGAUUUGGUAUAGUUAUGGAAUGUACAAGUGUAACAGCUUUCAUUUUCUAUUAGACAAUUGCACAAAUAUCCAAUACUUGAGAGCUGUUGCAAACUGUUGCCCCCUCCACCCCACAGCACAUGGAUCUUUUAAUUUUUAUAAUCUGAAAGGUCUGGGGAAAUAAAAGGCAGAGAUACAAAGUGUAUUAUUUGGACAGAAAUCAUCUCAAAGAAUUACAGUAGGCAAGACUGCCAGCAUGUUUAGAUAUUAAGCUAAACUCUGCAACACUGAAAACACAGAACUCUUUAACGUAUUAUUAAACACACAGCAUACUAAUUUUUGCCAAAAUUACUUACAUUGAAAAAUUCUUGAAAAUAUUAUAUACGUCUACAAUAUACAUAGGAAUUAUCAUCUAAUUCUGAAGAUUUUCUUAAAUAAAAAAUUUCUGUACUUCA